AUGUCAUCUCAGUCAUUCAACCUGCCAAACAGUCACCAUCGUCUCUCUUCCGUCAUUCCCAACCUGUCAAACAGUCACCAUUCCACACCAACUGUCAAUCUCUUCCCAGUCAUUCCAACCAUGUCAAACAGUCAUUCCCAACCUGCACACGUCAACCAUUCAACCUUCCACAUUCAACCUGUCAAUCUCUUCCCAGUCAUCCCAACCUGUCACAACAGUCACCAAUUCACCACACCUGUCAUCUCUUCCCAAGUCAUUUCCAACCUGUCCUCACUCACCAUUCACACCAACCUGUCAAUCUCUCCCAGUCUUCCCAACCUGUCAAAACAGUCACCAUUCACCACCACCCUGUCAUUCUUCCAGUUCAUUCCCACCUGUCAAACGUCACCAUUCACCAACCAACCUGUCAAUCUCUUCCAGUCAUUCCAACCUGUCAAACAGUCACCAUCAUCACCACCUGUCAAUCUCCUCCCGUCAUUCCCACCUGUCAAACAGUCACCAGUCAUCACCAACCUGACAACCUCUUUCUAG